AUGACCCGUAGCCAGUCGGGAGAUCUACUACCAUUAGACCAGGAGCUUGAACAAACCUGCAAAAACUUCAAUCGGGCUCUAAAGGCGCGACUGGCUGCGGAGGAGUCGCUAGCACAGCUACAGAUGACUGACGAAGAGGAGAUGGCUGACCCACAGGACCAUGAUGUGGUCAUUCCUGAGGAGCAGACCAUGGGAUCCUACUGGACCGCAAGGGCCCAUGAGGGGGAGUGCCCCCGAUCACAUCUCAGGCGAUUCCACGAGCUCAUCGAUGGAAUCAAGAUCAACGGGGUCCCAACAGAUGCCAUCCAGCUGAGGUACUUCCCAUUCACCCUGGAGGGGCAGGCCAAGGAGUGGCUAGACACUCGACCUCCGGGCUCUAUCACCACGUUCCCCAACCUUGCGGACAACUUCCUCACCCGCUACCAUCCUCCAUCCAAGACGGCGGACCUACAGAAGCAAAUUACCCAUUUUGCUCAGGAUGAGGAUGAGACCAUCAGGGAUGCUUGGGAGAGAUACACUAGUCUCUUCCUCAAGUGUCCUAACCAUGGUUUUACUGAUGCCUUCAAGGUGGGAACCUUCUCCCAUGUCCUCUUCAUGGAGGACAAGCAGGUUAGUGAUUCAGUAUGUGGCGGGAAUAUGCUCACCAAAACACCGCCCCAGCUGAAUCAACUUUUUGAGGAGAUGGCAGAGCAGGGAUAUGAUUGGGGCACUUCCAGGAUAUCGAGAAGAGCACCAGGGCGGGGUAUGCGUGCUGUCGCCACCCAGUCAUCUGAUUUGGUGCAGGUGGUAUCGAAGCUGGUUUCAGCCAUAGAUCGCUCUGGAUUGAUUACAGGUACAGGACAGCCGCAGGCGAUGCACUGCCAGUGGUGUGAGAGCUCCCAUCACACUGUGGAGGACAGUCAGGCGAUGAGGGAGUCGUCUACUCCCCAGGAGCAGGUCGACUUCAUCAGUAAUGCCACCUGA